AUGCAUCCAUCACCUAAGCGAUCGGUGAUCAAGCAUCCUCACCAAUUUCAUGGUGCUCAAGUCUUGCCACGCAGUGCAGAUGCGCUCGCCGAAGCUUCAGCAGCCCGCAACGCGCCCUCUUCGUCCUACAAUCACGCCGACCCCUCGGCCACGACGCCCAACUACCUACAAGCCGUUCAGGGUAUCGGUUCCACAGAUGGCGCAUUUACAGGCCUCGCCAGCAGCUUUGACUUUUCCGAUAUGAGUCUCGUUCCACAACGAAGUGCGCCUCCUCCACCAAGCUCCUCCGCCAACCGCGCCGCUUCGUCAUUGGCCUUUCAGCCUGCCUCGACCUCCAAUUCGGCCUCGCCCACCUCGUCUUCCACAUCCACCUUUGCAAACGGUUCGUCCAGCUCCACUACUGCCUACCGCCCCCAGCCCACCAUCAAUACCUCGGUCAGUGCACUUCAAGGCCCUAGAUCUGGUCUCCCAGCACAGACUGGCCUUGCGUUUAGCGUCUCGAGCCUCUCCAACAACCCGCCCGCUGCAUCGCCCAUCACCGCUCCCAGCUCCGCUCUACCAUGGUCUUCUCAAAAUCCUGCAGCGUCCGGCUCCACCGCCACUUUCCCACCACGGCCUGUGCGCUCCAACACCGCUGGUCCCGAUACGCUCCAUACCAUCUCGUCCGUCAGCGCCUCCCAAACUGUGGCGCCGGUCAUGGUGCAACGCUCUCACUCGAGCAUCGCUGCUCAUCAAGCCUCCCCCAGCUUGAAUCAGUCUUCGCCCACGCUCGAUGCCGAUGGCCCCGCCUCUCUCACCACUCAAAGCCACUUUGUGCACCCCAGCCGAGAUCGCGAGAGGAGCCGCGAUGGCACCACCACUCCCGGCAGCAGAAACACCUUCAAGAGUGUCUUUGGCGGUUUUGUCAACUCGAUGAGCGACGUCUUCUCGGCUCAGAAAAAAAUCGAAAUCUCGACGCCCUACGAUCCGGUCCACUUGACCCACGUCGGCUUCAACUCGGACACAGGCGAAUUCACCGGUCUCCCCAAAGAGUGGCAGCAGCUCUUGCAAGAGUCGGGCAUCUCACGUCAGGACCAGGAGGCCAAUCCGCAAGCGGUCAUCGACAUUGUCGCCUUCUACCAGGAUGCCACCCAAAGCCAAGGAGGCUCGGACGUAUGGAAAAAGAUGGGCGCUGCCAAAGGCAACAAGGCUCCAGCCACCCCACGCACCGACACCAGCAGCGAAGAUGGCAUCUAUCGAGUUGCUCCUCAGCCCGUCCUUUACGAGAAGCCCCGAACUGCACCCGCUCCACCUGGCAUCACGCAUCCAAACAGACCAUCCGAGUUUGGCAGUCCUGACCUUCGACAGCCGCCCAGCAACGCUAGCACCUCCUCGGCAGACACGGCGCUCAGACCAUCGCGAUCCACUCCAGCGCCAGGCGCUGCCCCUCCACCCAACGCCAAGACAACUUCGUCUUCGAAUCCUCCACCUUGCAAGCCAAGCCCAGCAUCGCGCGCUCCAGAUGCCCCGGCGGCUGUCUCGGCAGCGAGUAAGAACGCAAAGGGUCCCGGCAGCGUACCGCGCAGACGAGAGACCAAGAAGAGCACCAUCAAGGAUUCCGAAGUGAUUGCCAAGUUGCAAGCCAUCUGCACCGACGCCGACCCGACCAAGCUGUACCGAAGCUUGCAAAAGAUCGGUCAAGGCGCCAGCGGCGGUGUCUUUACCGCCUACCAGGUGGGCACCAACGUGUCGGUGGCCAUCAAACAGAUGAACCUCGAGCAGCAACCCAAGAAGGACCUCAUCAUCAACGAGAUCCUCGUCAUGAAGGAAUCGCGGCAUCGCAACAUUGUCAACUUUAUCGACUCGUUUCUCUUCAAGGGCGACUUGUGGGUGGUCAUGGAGUACAUGGAAGGAGGCAGUCUCACCGAUGUGGUGACGUGCAACAUUAUGACCGAAGGCCAGAUUGCCGCCGUCAGUCGCGAGGUGCUUGAAGGCUUGCGUCACCUCCAUCAACACGGCGUUAUCCAUCGCGACAUCAAGUCGGACAACGUACUUCUCAGCCUGCAGGGAGACAUUAAACUCACCGACUUUGGCUUUUGUGCGCAGAUCGGCGAGUCGCAGGCCAAGCGUACCACGAUGGUGGGCACGCCAUACUGGAUGGCGCCCGAGGUGGUGACGCGCAAAGAGUAUGGACCCAAGGUAGACAUUUGGAGUCUGGGCAUCAUGUGCAUCGAAAUGGUCGAAGGCGAACCGCCAUACCUCAACGAGAACCCGCUGCGUGCACUUUACCUGAUCGCCACCAAUGGUACACCAAAGAUCAACAACCCGGAGAACCUAUCCAACACUUUCAAGGACUUUCUCACCACCAGUCUGGACGUGGAUGCCGAGCGUCGUCCCGAUGCGCUGGGUAUGUUGGCGCAUCCCUUCCUCAAACGAUCCGAGAGCUUAAGGACGUUGACGCCUCUCAUCAAGGCGGCGCGUGAACAGACGCGCAAGUCGUAG